CGCUUUUGCUGCGCAAAUAUAGCGCAUUUUUAGUCAGCUCGAAACUUAACCUUGGCCUUGAAGACGUUUGUAGAUCUUUAAACUAUGAUCGAAUAGUAAUACUAACAUACAAAAACCAAACAAACAAUACAGUCAAACAUGAGCGCGUCAAGCACCAUCAAUAAAGCUGAGGUCAUCACUGCAGUGUCUCUAUCAGUUGGAGCUGCCGCAGUUGGAGUCCUCAUUUACAAAUCAUUCUUCAGCAAAGACAAAUGUGCGAAGCCAAAGGUGAACCUUGAUCUGCAGAAAGACAACCCCAAAGUGGUACAUGCAUUUGACAUUGAGGACCUGGGUGACAAAGCUGUUUAUUGUAGAUGCUGGAGAUCCAAAAAGUUUCCGCUCUGUGACGGCGCACAUGCGAAACACAAUCAGGAAACGGGAGACAACGUUGGUCCUCUGAUCAUAAAACGCAAGGAAGCUUGAGACGUGUUGAGCAUUUCCACUGCUCAUAACCAUUCUCAGUGAUAGAGAUUAGUGUGUUGAAAUUAAUUGUCUGGUUAUGUUAUCCUGUGUUUACGUGUUUGGUAAUGUAUAGUUGACAGGGUUGAGUGAACUUGGGUCAUAGUAUAUUUAAAUCUGGGUACAAAUUAGGAAUGCAUAUCUUUUCCCCUCUUCAUUUCCAUAGAUUUAGGAUUUCAAAUCUGUGCUGGAUUAUCCAAAUGUUUAACUUGAUGUAAUGUUUCUUGGCUUGAACACUGGUAAUAAGUUGUUACACUACUGCUCAUAUCAGAUCCCAGAAAACAUAUAAGGGGGAUAUUAUGUUUUACAAGUAAAUAUGAAUGUAAAGUCAGUGUGAAAACCAAACGGUUUGCACUCUUUGGCUAUUAAUUGUCACCCGUGACCUUAAUGGAUCACCUAAUAUGUAUUUAAAGAUUUAAGUGAUCUCAAACCACUCUAUUUUUUUGAACUGUAGUCUAAUCUGGUGUGUAAUUGAUCAUUUAUUCACUUGAAUUAUAUAUAUUUUUUGCCUCUGUCAUUAAGAUGUGCUUGUGGAAAAGCUCUCUAUGUUUGUUGGUGUGUGAGGUAAUUGUCCCAGCAAGCCAGUAAAUCAGGUUUUGAGGGUUUGAUUGUAUGUUUAUUCUUCUCAUAAAAGUACACUGUCAGGUUUGAUAUUAAAUAAACAAUGUCAAACUGA